AUGAAAAAUGUUUUAAGCGGGGAGUAUAUUAAAAAGCGUGGCCACCGUCUAGGCUUGAUUCAUGAUCGUCUAUCCAAUGAAACGGAGGAGCAACGUGCCCACUGCCUCGGUUUGAUCCACAAUCGUCUAUCAAGUGAAACGGAGGAGCAACGUGCCCACCGCCUCGGCUUGAUCCACGAUCGCUUAUCCAGUGAAACGGAGGAGCAACGUGCCCACUGCCUCGGCUUGAUCCACGAUCGCUUAUCCAGUGAAACGGAGGAGCAACGUGCCCACCGCCUCGGCUUGAUCCACGAUCGCUUAUCCAGUGAAACGGAGGAGCAACGUGCCCACCGCCUAGGCUUGAUCCACGAUCGCUUAUCCAGUGAAACGGAGGUGCAACGUGCUCACCGCCUCGGCUUGAUCCACGAUCGUUUAUCCAGUGAAACGGAGGAGCAACGUGCCCACCGCCUCGGCUUGAUCCACGAUCGUUUAUCCAGUGAAACGGAGGAGCAACGUGCCCACCGCCUCGGCUUGAUCCACGAUCGUUUAUCCAGUGAAACGGAGGAGCAACGUGCCCACCGCCUCGGCUUGAUCCACGAUCGUCUAUCCAGUGAAACGCAGGAGCAACGUGCCCACCGCCUCGGCUUGAUCCACGAUCGUUUAUCGAACGAAACACCUGAAGCUCGCUUAGUUCGACUUAAUGCAAUGCGACAAGCCAGUCAUGUUUGUAGGGAUAUCACAAAUGUACAAUCUUUUGAAACAGCUAUUAAUAUUUUUGCUGAUGUAUCAUGCGCUAUCUGUAAAAGAACUAUUUAUCCACAACAACGUUUCAAUUUACUAGCAGAUAUGUAUAGUACACUGUUACCUGAAGAAUUGAUGGCUCUACAUACAAUAAUUACGUGCUCUCGCUGUAAUAAUAACAUUAAGAAAAGAAAAAUUCCACCAACUGCAUAUUGGAAUAAAAUGACGCCUGCAGAAAUACCGCCUGAAUUAGCCAAUUUGACGAGCGUUGCAGAACGAGACGUUCAAGUGCAUUUUGAAACUAUGUCGAACAUUACUCCUUUAGUCCAAAUAGCUGCAAAUUCUAUUCCAGAACAGGAUGGUGUUGCUUCAGAAACUUUCUCGAACCAUUACGUCACUUUGAAUGACAAUAAGGCAAUAUUACGCGGAUCAUUUCACCAAGGUGACUUACGAUUUAAUUUAUCUCGGGGUAAACAAUGCACUGGGAUAGCAGCUGUUGCUUGUGCGGCAUUUAGUGUUAUAGAUUUAAACAAGUGGGCCAAAAGUGAUAUCGAUUACAUAGUAAUUAUUGGCGAUAAGUACUACAAGGAUUGCAUCGCUUCUAAAGAUAAUCCUGCGUCUGGUGAAGUAAACCCUGAAUACCUUGCUGUGACAGAUCUUUGUCCAAGACUUAUCUAUAAUAGACAAAAUUUAGUAAUCACAGCACUCGAGGAAACCAAUUAUAAUGGUCACAUAGACAAUAAUAACUUUUCUGAGGGCUUUCCUAACUUAAAAAAUGCAUUAAUAAGUUUUUUCAGAGAACAUUCAAAUGGAAUACUUACAGCAAACGCCAUCUCGGUAGCAGUACAUUGCAGAACUAUACUUCAAAAUCAAACUUACUUUUUGUUUGAUUCCCAUGCGCGUGGUCCCAAAGGUGCUUCAGCUCCCAUGAAUGGUACCGCUUGUUGCAUGCGCUUUAGUAAUCUGGACGAUUUACAUGCCGUAUUACGUCGCAAUUUAUUUGUAUCGCCAAAUAAAUUAUCACAUAAUACAGCAUACAGCCUUCUGAAUAAUCUCAAUGUGUUCUCUUUAACAUCAUUAAUUAUAGCUCCAGACAACCAAAUACAAUUGCUUAGACCCAUAUUGGAACAAUCGACAAUAGCAAGGACCGAGAGUCCAACAUUUACGCCAAAAGACAAUUCUCUGCAACCAACAAUACAAAUGAGUAAUCUCCAGCCAACUAGACAAAUUAUCGAAUCUUCUCAAGGAACAAUUCAAAUAGCAUCAACCCAGGAAUCAAAUAUACAGUUACCAAUACCAGUCCAUAAUCCAUUGGACACCAUUUAUAUCGAAUCUACAAGUAUGCUCCGAAAUAUAGACGAUAACGUACCUAAUUUAGAAAGUGUUGUGAGAAUGAAUAGCUCUUUCACAGAUGAUACAAUGAGAUUGGCCGCCAUCACAAGGAAAACUGCACCACCCUUGAAUUUAGAACGUGAACGCCGUAUGGAGGAAUUGUGUUCGUAUUUUCUUUUUCCAGAUGGCAAGAAUGGCUUUGGUGAGGAAAGAGAAAAUCCAUGUACCCCCCUUGAUUACUUCCAAAACCGGGUAAUGAGUGUUGACAAGAGGUUUAACAGAAACGAUUAUUUAUUUUAUGCUCUAUCCAUUGUUGAAUAUUUUCGUGCGAAAUCAAGUGUAUCUGUGUCAUGUAGGAUGCGACAAGGUCAUGGAGAGCAAACACCUCAGGGGCUUGUGGAUAACAUGCAUAUCACUAUGCGAAAUAUUAGAGGAUCAGCGUCAUAUUGGCAAAAAUGUUGCUCUGAAUUGAUUGCAAUGGUAAGAACUUUAGGACCUCCAACAUGGUUUUUAUCAUUUUCUUGCAAUGAUUUAAAUUGGCCAGAUAUGAUAAAAGCCUUGCUGAUCGCCGAUGGACGUGACAUCGAUGACGCUGAACGCCUGACAUUUCCGGAACGCUUAGAUCUAGUGCAAAGACAUCCGGUAGUGAUAGCACGACAGUUCACACUGCGCGUUAACGCUCUCAUGCGAUUCUUAAAGCGCAGUCAAGAUUGUUUGGGUGGUCCUAUUGAAGACUUUUGGUACCGAGUGGAGUUUCAAAACCGCGGUAGUCCACAUCUGCACAUGUUAGUUUGGUGUAGUAAUGUUCCGGAAUUCUCUACUCCACAAGGUAUAGCCGUAAUUGAAAAGGUGGUUUCAUGUUCUUUAAAUCCUAACGACCCUGUGUUGCGCAAAUUAGUCGAGGAUUGGCAGAUCUAUAAACACACUCCAACCUGCAAAAAAAAUCGCCAAGACGAUGGUUGUCGCUUUGGUUUUCCAAAGCCAGCAAGUGAUAAUACCGUUUGUCUAGGUCCAGAUGAAGCACUUGCUAACCAUGGAAGAUUUUAUUUAUUGAAAAGAACCUCAAAUGAAAGCAUGGUAAAUAAUUACAAUGCAGUUCUUUUAGGUAUAUGGAAAGGAAAUCUUGACGUGCAGCCGUGUGGUAGUUUCACCGCUGUGGCCUACUACGUCGCAAAAUAUGCAAGUAAAUGCGAACCACAUGAUACAGGUGAUGUGAUACGAGACGCUAUUUCGAAGGCUAAGAGACAAGGUGGUGAUGUUUGGAAACAAUUAUUUUCAGUAUCGAUGACUAUUUUAAAUCAACGCUUAGUGAGCGCACCAGAAUGCGCAUACAGGUUAUGCCAUUUGCCGUUGGAGAUGUCGUCGCGAAAGACUGUUUUUGUUAAUAGCUGCAGGCCGGAGGAACGAUUCAGACUUUUAAGAUUUGAUAGUGAUGAAACCAGUAUUUACAAUAACAUUUUUGAUCGUUAUGUAUUGCGCCCAAAUGAGCUGGAGGAUUUAAGUCUUGCAGAAUUUGCCGUCCGUUUCGAAACCAUUUCUAAUACAAUAUGGUUAGAGGAAAAUGGUGAUGCGGAACUGAGAGACGAAGAAACUACUCCAGUGAGUUUUAUCAGAUUGCGGGACAAUACAAGAAUGCGUGUAAGAAAUAGACCGGCUGUAUUACGUACGCGCUAUUAUACAAUUAAUAGUGACAAAGAAGCGUAUUAUUAUAGUUUAAUAGUAUGCCACAUUCCAUUCCGUAAUGAAGGUGAGUUACUGUUCCAGAACGAAACCGCUGAAGACUGUUUUAUAAGACGUCAAAGAGAUCUUCGCCCGUUGCAGGGUAAUGUAAACACAGAACAAUUUAGUCAUGCUGAACAAAUUAUUCAACAGGCUAUUGCCCAAGCUACUGCCCUUAAUGCUGCGCGUGAAAUAGAUGUCAGCAAUGUUCCCAUGUUAUGUGUUGGUGAACAGAUGGUAAAUGACGAUGAUAACUUUUGUGAAGACGUGGGAGAACGAGCCGUCAUGUCAGAUGAACUAUUUCUGGAAAGCAUUCGAGUAUUAAAUAUCCAGCAGAAGAAUUUAUUUCAGAAGGUUUCAACAGCAAUCGAAAACGAUUUGCAUGGCCAAGAGAGUCAGCUCUUACUUUUUAUCACAGGUGGUGCAGGAAGUGGU